UACUGAUCAAUAAAUACCAAUUAAUCACGUUUGUCAUAAUUUAUUGAUUGAAAAUUUUUGUUGUAUAACAUUCAAUGGACAUCUAUGAUGAAGAGUUCACCAGACUUACGAUGUUAGCUAAGCAGAUGAUUUCGAAAAUUGAAAGAAAAAAAGAUAGAGAAAUAUUAUCAAAAUGGAUAAGAAAAUUAAUAGGGCUAAAAUCUUACGAUCCUGUUGUUAAAAAAAAUCGCAAUCAUUUUUUUAAAUACAUGUUGACCGUGCUACAUAAAGGAUUAAAGGUAGAUCCGGUCGCACAUUACGGUUAUCCACAGUACGACGAAAGGUAUCAACAGGUGGAUGGACAAAAUUGGUCACAAGAACAAGGGUUUAUGAAACGUUGGUCCAAUGAUAAAAAAACCUAUGUCGCCGCUAAACCGUUACCGGGAAAAGGUGCAUUGGUGUAUAUGGCGGUGGCGAAAGAUCCGACACUUGGUUGGGAAAUUCCAAAUCGAAAGUGAACAAUUUGUAUUUACAAUUUGAGUUCAUGUUACAAAAUUAUCGGCG